UGAUAAUUGAUGUCCCCUUUCUCUCUAUGCUUUUUCUCUUAAAUUAAAUUAAAAAAUAUAUUAAAUUCCUAAUCAUGUUAAGACUCUUGAGUCCUAAACCAAACCAAAUGAAGAAUCCUGGAACUCACAUGUCGCACCUUACCACGUUUCUUUAUAAUUUUUUUUUAAAGUUUUUAUAGUUUUUCAAACAUGAUAGUAAUUCCAGAAUUAUAUUUAUGGUAAUAUUAUGUACUGUUUUAUUUUUAAUUAAUUUAUUUAAAUAUUUUUCCAAGUUGAUCUCAUAAAUACCCUCACAAAAAUAAUUUGUAUCGUGAGCUGUAAGCUGUGUGAUCUUCUUCCCUCGUUCAGAUUUGUAAUCUCCAAAUCCGGGUUUGUUUUUGAUUUCCAUAAACCCUAAAAAAGCCCGAACUAGAGAUAUAUAAAUUACAAAUUAUAGUUCAAUCAUAUGAUUUAAUUAGACAACAUCUCGUGAUUGAUUGGUCAAUUGUUGUACAAAUUUCUCUCUCAUUCGUUGUUUUUCAAGUGAGUUUGUACUUAAUUUCAACUUACAUUGAUUGAUUGAUCCAGAAUCCACUUUUUGAUUCUUUGCUAGUUUGAAGCAAUUAAAAAAAACUGAGUUUUCUGAAUUGGGUUGUGCCGAAAGAGUGAUUGAGAUCUCAUCAAAGUUUGGAUCUUUAGGACUGUUUUUGGAUUGAUUUGAGCAAAUUUGGAGGUGGGUUUUUGAUUAUACAGAGAGAAGAAAAGGGCAAUGAGAAGUGAGCCUGAAAAUUGGAAGAAGAAGACACAAUGAGUGGAGGCUCAUUGGGUCUGGGUUUGCGUUCCGCAAGUUAUGGAUCAUUGCAACUACAACUGCAAAGUAAUUUGUUACCAAAUCAAUCUCCAUCGCCUUCGCCGCCGCCACCUCCGCCGUUCUCCCGGAAACCGGCCAAGAUGAUGAAGGAAAAGGAGAGGUUGUUUCAUUGGCUUUACAAGUUUGUUGGCCGGAAAAAGGUUGGCAUGCUGUUUCUCUGUCUGGUAUCUGCGGCAGUUUUUGUUUGGGUCCUGUAUGUUGGCAAAGGUGAAGAUUCCAGAGGAACCGAAGGUCCUACAAGUAUUACUUUUAAUAACAGAACAUCUGCACGUAAUGAACAAAUAAAGUACGAUCUUCCAAGUAACAGCACACUUGCAAGCGUUAAAUCUUCUCUAACUAAUGCAGCGCUAGCUAUGAGAUACUUCACGGGAUAUACACUUCCUUCUGAUAAUCCAUGUGAACACUUUGCAUUACCACCUCCACCGGCUGAUAAGAAACGAACUGGACCUCGACCUUGUCCAGUUUGCUACCUUGAUCAGAAGCAAGCUAUUGGAUUAAUGCCAGAUGCACCAUCAUUCUCUCCUGUCCAUAAUUUAACAUAUGUUUAUGAGGAGGUUUCAUCAAAAACUGAGUUUGGAGGCUCUGAGUUUGGUGGAUAUCCUUCCCUGAAACAAAGGGAUGAUUCUUAUGAUAUAAGAGAGUCCAUGAAUGUACAUUGCGGUUUUGUCAAAGGACAAAAACCAGGUCGUGGGACAGGUUUUGACAUCGAUGAUGCUGAUCUUGCUGAUAUGGAACAGUGCAAUGGAAUAAUUGUUGCCUCGGCAAUCUUUGGAAACUAUGAUAUACUUCAACAGCCCAAAAAUACCAGUGAAGAUGCGAAAAAAAAUGUUUGCUUCUUCAUGUUUUUGGAUGAGGAAACUGAAGCAGCUAUGAAGAAUGCUAGUGUUCUGGAUGGAAGCAAUAAGGCAGGGUUAUGGAGAAUUGUUGUUGUUCAUAAUCUUCCUUACACAGAUCCAAGGCGCAAUGGCAAGAUUCCAAAGCUUCUACUUCACAGAUUGUUUCCUAAUGCUCGUUAUUCUAUAUGGGUGGAUGGGAAACUUGAACUCGUAGAGGAUCCGUAUCGAAUUCUUGAAAGAUUUUUGUGGAGACAAAAUGCCACUUUUGCAAUAUCCAGACAUUAUAAACGUUUCGAUGUUUUUGAGGAAGCUGAAGCGAAUAAAGCUGCUGCAAAGUAUGACAAUGCCUCAAUUGAUUUUCAGAUUGAUUUUUACAAAAAGGAAGGAUUGACGCCAUAUUCUUUGGCUAAGCUUCCGAUUACAAGUGAUGUCCCUGAAGGAUGUGUUAUACUCCGGGAGCAUGUCCCAAUCUCUGAUCUUUUCAGUUGUUUAUGGUUCCAUGAGGUUGAUCGAUUUACUUCCAGAGACCAAAUUAGUUUCUCAACUGUAAGGGAUAAUAUUAAGAAGAAGGCGAAUUGGACUGUCAGCAUGUUCUUGGACUGUGAAAGGCGCAAUUUUGUUGUCCAGGGUUACCAUAUGGAUGUGUUAAAGCAAAAGCAAGCAGCAGCAUUAGGUGCUCGGCGUCUUGUUCCAGUUGCUCUUUCCCUUCCUCCUCCUUCGCCUCCUCCUUUGCUGCCUCCCCCACCUCCAGCAACUCGAUACGAAACCCCUCCAAAUCGACGGAGAGGAAGAGGUCGAAGACGGAACCGUAAGGUUGCUGCCGGAGCUACUGAGAUAGGCAGAGUCGUCACAGGCACAGAUUGAGGUCAAUUUUUUGUUUAGGCAAACAAAUUAUACAGAUAGUUUAUGGUUUCGCCGUCCCUGCAUUAAGAGGAAAAGAACCUCUUCCCCCAACUUCAUUGCGCAGGGCUUGGUAAACUGUCCAAUUCAGGAAAAAGUGUUGUACUUUUUAUUAUCUUCAUUUACACAGUUAUUACUGUUAUUAUUUUUUUCCCUUGAAGAAAAAGAAAGAGGUAAAGAACAGAAGGGAAUUGUUAUUCAUUUUUUUUGUAUAUAUAAGAUACCACAUUUAUUUUAAUAAAAUUUUCAUUUGAGUUUACAUAA